AGGCAGAAUACGCCGGCCUCUCAAUAGCUUUUCUCAACCAAAGUACGAGCUGUAUCCAGGCAACAGUGAAUUUAAAAGGCCUUCUUCCAAACUUGAAGAGAUGUGAUGUAAAACUGAUCAACUUUAAAUGAGGAGAGCUUACACACAUCAGCCAGACUAACUUGGUCAGUCAAGUAAAGGACCAGCAGCUUGGGAAGAUUCUGCAGUGGGGUCUUCUGUUUGCAGAGGAGUCCCUCUCUGACUGACCCUUAAAGAGGAGUGGCUCAGAUAUAUAAGCAGGGAAGAUUAGGAUGGAGCUACCCAAUCAGGCCAAUGUCAAAGCAGGACUGGUUGGGGCAGGACUGGGGAUCAUAGCAUCAUUAAUGCUGUUUCUGCUGCUGACUUUAUUAGCCUACAAAAGAAGAGACAAAUCUGCUGUACCAGGUCCCUCUUGGUUGUUGGGACUUGGCCCCAUUCUGAGCUAUUGUAGAUUUCUGUGGACUGGUAUUGGCACAGCCUGCAAUUACUACAAUGAACGAUACGGCGACAUGACUCGGGUUUGGAUCCAGGGAGAGGAGACACUCAUUCUAAGCAAGGCCUCUGCUGUGUACUAUGUUCUGAAGAGCAGUAAUUACAUUGCUAGAUUUGCCAGUAAGAGUGGACUGAGAUGUAUAGGCAUGGACGAGCAAGGCAUUAUCUUCAACAGCAACAUCCUGCGUUGGAAAAAAGUCCGCACAUAUUUUGCCAAGGCCCUGACUGGCCCUGCUCUCCAGAGGACGGUGGGUGUGUGUGUUAAAGCAACCAACAAGCACCUUGACGUCUUGUGUGAUCUCACUGACUCCUCCGGCCAUGUGGACGUUCUUAACUUGCUGCGUUGUAUUGUGGUGGACAUCUCCAACAGACUCUUCCUCAGAAUCCCUCUCAGUGAGAAAGAGCUGCUACUGAAGAUUCACAAAUACUUUGACACCUGGCAAACAGUUCUGAUCCAGCCAGACAUUUUCUUCAGGCUGGACUGGAUUUGCAGAAAACAUCAUCAAUCAGCGAAAGAGCUCCAGGAGGAGAUGGGAAGACUUGUGGAGCAAAAACGCAAAAUGAUCAACGCAAUGGAGAAGCUGGAUGAGACUGACUUUGCGACAGAGCUGAUAUUUGCUCAGGACCAUGGAGAGCUAUCACUGGAUGACGUGAGGCAGUGCGUGUUGGAGAUGGUGAUUGCUGCCCCAGACACUCUGUCCAUCAGUCUGUUCUUCAUGUUAGUGCUGCUGAAGCAGAAUUCUGCAGUGGAGCAGCGUGUAGUGCAGGAGAUGCAGUCUGUGUUAGGUGUGCGGGAGGUGGACACAGCCGACCUGCACAAAUUAACGGUGAUGGAGAAUUUUAUAAAGGAGUCUCUGCGCUACCAUCCUGUGGUGGAUUUCAUCAUGAGGCGAGCCCUAGAAGACGACUGCAUCGAGGGCUACAAGGUGGCAAAAGGGACAAACAUCAUUCUGAACACUGGGCGUAUGCACAAGAAAGAGUUCUUCCUCAAACCCAAUGAAUUCAAUCUGGAGAACUUUGAUGUCAAUGUGCCCAGUCGUUUCUUCCAGCCAUUUGGCUGUGGCCCACGUGCAUGUGUGGGGAAGCACAUUGCCAUGGUGAUGAUGAAGGCCAUCCUGGUUACGCUGCUGUCAAGGUACACAGUGUGCCCUCGACCAGGCUGUACUGUCAGCACCAUCCCACAGACCAACAAUCUCUCACAGCAGCCCAUGGAGGAGAACCCACACAGCCUGACCAUGAGAUUCAUACCCCGCACUUCACUCAGCCAACAUGACACUGCACACCCAGUACAGGAGCAAUAAGCAGCAAUGUCCAUUGUUAGCCUUUGACGAAAGCCUUCCGUGGCACAUGGGUCUUAAAAGAUUUUGACUAGUGUAGAAGGGAGUAAUGAUUAAGAACCCUGAUCAUUUAAUGUAUUCUUUAGUGUUGACAUCCAUGAAUCUUACUUUUGUAAUUGAAAAUCCAGUUUUGGGAAGCAUAUUUAUGGCCAUUCACAGAUCAAGUGAGUUGAUUUUUUCCAAAUGUGUGACACCUGGAGAAAAUGACGGGGGAAAAAAGCACAUAAAUCACAUUUUGAAAGGAAAAACAGUCUUUAACGUGGAAAAGAGCCAAUAGAAACUAAUUUAGUAAGAGAGUAUAGAGCUUGAAGUUAGGCUCAUUUUCACCUCUGAGUAGAAACACAAGUGAUAAAAAUGGGAUUAAAACAUGCAUCUUUGUUUUUUAUACUGAAAGUAGGUAAUGUGAUAAAAAAAUAUGCCUAAAAAUUUCAGGUAUGAUAAAUGCAUUUUGUUUAACAUGCUUCCCCCCCCCCCCCCACAUCUGCUCUGGUCAGCUGUAAGUACAACUGUUGUGAAAGCAAAGCAUCUAGGAGCAACAUCAGCUCAACCACACAACCUCAAAGGGCAAGGCAGUGCUGAAAUGUAGUGUAUAAGACUCACCUAUGCUUUGUAGCACAACAGAAACAGGACCCUGGAGCAGUAAAAGUGUGGAGUGAUGAAAUGUAAAGUUUGGUGGAGGAGGGAUAAUGGGCUGUUUUCAAGAUUUGGCUAGACCCCGUAGAUCCAAUGAAGUGUAAAGCUACAGCAUUCAAAAAUAUUUUAGAUAGUUAUAUGCUUCCAACUUUGUGGCAGUUGUGUGCAGAAAGCGCCUUCCUGCUCCAGCAUUACUGUGCCCCUCUGGACAAAGUGAGGUCCAUAACAACACAGAGCCCUGACCUCAUGUUAAUGCUCAUCAUAUCCAACAAGCUCAUAUAGGUGUGACAGUAAGGUGUCCAUAUAUUUUUGGCCAUAUAGCGCGUCACAUACACAAUAUUAUUUCAGAUAAAAUACAAACUCCUGGCCAGUCUGGAAACACAAGAACUGGAUGAAUAGGCGAUGAUCCAAAAUAAGGCAUGAAUGACAGAACAGGAAAAUGCUGAAGGCACCAUGAAAUGAUCACACAAUACUAUGUACAGUGAACUCCAUGAUGGAUUAUUGUAACAUAUCAUAAUAUACUAAACAGGUUUACAUUCACACUAUACUGAUGUAUUUUAUAAUAGCCCCAUUGUACUAUUCCACAGUAAGAAAUCUACUGUUUUGUUUUAUGGCGCUUAUACAGCAGUAACAUCUGUCUUAAGGUUUGUCUUUGCUUUUAGGGUUCUAUUAAGUAUCUCUUCUCAGCAGCUUUGAAAGAAGAGGCAGCCUUUCAACACAUACUGCUGAAAAUAAAACAGUAUAAAAAUAAACACUGGUAAACUCAGUUUGCCAUAUCCAUGACAGUCAAAACACAAUGAAA